UAUUUAAGUCUCUCUGCGGCGCAUCAACCGCAUUCAGUCGUCGCCGUCCCUGGUGAAUCCAGUCCUGUGCUCGCGCGGAGCUGUUUUAGCGGGCUGUGCACGUGUCCGUGUCCCAAGAUCUGCAGCCGCGGGUUUUCAAGAGUCUGACUAAAAGAGUGGCGAUUGGACUUAGCCGUGGCCGAUUUUCUACAAUCUUUUCUACCAAGGGAAGUUGUUGAAUAUCUGGUGCAAGCCCGAUUCCGCAUUCGCGCGGACCGAAACUUCGCCGGACAGCGGUAGAACCCACUGCUUUCAGAGCCUAUGGCGCCACUGGUGAACCGCUGCUGGACGCUGGUUCUGGGCGCGUGCCUGGCACUAACGGUCCGAGCCGACUGCGAGAAGGAGUGCGAGCUCUGUCUCUUCCGUCUGCAGGGCCGACAGGCGGACUUGAGCUUGAUUACGUGCGUGCAGGAGUGCGAGGGGGGGGUGAGCACGGUGAAGUCCCUGGGCCUGUGCCGGGACGUCCCGGCCGAGGAGGGCGACCCGGGCCGGGCCGUCGCCGAGCAACAGGACCAGCUGGCCAAGCGCUACGGCGGCUUCAUGCGCCGCUACGGGGGGUUCAUGAAGAAGUCCGCCGAGGUCGCCGUGGAAACGGCGGGAGAGCUGGGCAAGCGGUACGGCGGCUUCAUGAAGAAGGACGACGGCGGGGGCCGCCUGGGCGCGCUGAAGGAGCUCCUGGCUGCGGCGGCGGCGGGAGAGCAGCGGCACGGGGGCGUGACGCACAGCGCGGAGCUGGGGGGCGGAGUCAGGGCGCUGCAGAAACGCUACGGCGGGUUCAUGCGGCGCGUGGGCAGCCCCAACUGGGAGGAGAACAAGAAACCGUACGAGGGGCUCAGCAAGAGGGCCUGGGGCCCCGAGGAAGGAGCCGGCUCGCUGGGCGCGGACAAGAGAUACGGCGGGUUCAUGGACUAAAGUUACCCUCGUCCUGUUUUCUUUCUUUCUUUUUUUCUAACUAAAAGACGCUAUCAUCAAUUGCUAGGUCUUGCUCUGCACUACGUGACUUGCAUUUUGCAGUUUUUUUUGUUGUUGUUUUGCUUGUUUUACUGUCUGUAUGGUUACACGUUUACAUGUUUUUUCAACCACUGUACCCCUCUGCAUGUGUUUUUGUUUUCCUUUUUAUGAAACGCACACCCAACAUCCUUCAAGCAACUUAAACGAGUAUGUAGCCCACAUCCAGUAAAACACACACCUGUUCUGCCUUGUGUCACAGCUAUUCCCUUACCUGUAACCUGAACAUAAAGAGUAAGAAAACUUGGUCUCAACACGCACACGCACGCACACGCAAACACACACACACAAACACACACACACGCAUGCACGCAGACUCAAAUGUCUUUUUGAACAUGAAAUCAUACGUGCAUAACUGCUAAUAUUGACAUAUCCAGUGAAAUGUAUAAAAACUGCUGAAAUAUAUAAAAACUGCUAAGAUAUAUAUUUGCACUCAUUUUGCUGCUCAGUGAUAUCGUGCUGUAUCCCCAGCCCUGUCCGGCUGUGGGCUUCUGUGGGGGGGGGGGGGCGUAAACUCUGUGGACCCCCCACCUCUGUGGAAACACAACGUCUGCAAGCAGGGAGGUUCACUGCUGUGGUACAGAACCUGCUUCGGGGAAGGCCCUGUCUGUUUCUGUAUUUCAUACAAACUUGUUAUUUAUUUAUUUAUUUAUUCAUUUAAUCAUAUGUGAGUCUGGCAUAAAAAAUAAAAAAAAUCAUUAUUGACAAGCACUUGAACGGUAACUGUUGACUGUGUUCAGCUGUGGUCUAAUCAAGGAGCCUCGCACUGCCGAUAUCCCAUGAUUGCUAGCGCUGCUUUGGAAUAUGAUGUAACCAGGUGCUCAUCGUCUGUACUGGGCAUGGCUAGCAUCAAGAGGAGACUUAAUAUAUAACCAGGGGAGAGAACCAUUGCAUGCAAACCCCUCCCCCAUACUGGGUGGAGCUACAAAGACCUGUCAAUCACUGACACGCUGGAACCAAUCAAAAGGGUUUGCUCUCCACAAUUAACUUAAUGGUUCAAACCAGUGAGUCCCUGACAUCAUUGUAGCCCAUCAUUGUAACAGUUUUUUUGUUUUUGUUUCAUGAGAUCCUAAUCUUCUUUUCACUACUGUAAUGUACCAGUCAGAUUUUGGUUCAUAUUUUAAAUAAGACACUCAUUGUAUUAUUAGUUAAAUGCUCUGUUUUCCUUUCCAGUAAAUUUCAGCUGUAAGAUCUUAUGGACUAGCUGUACAGAUCACUAAUAAAUUGGUUUUAAUUCCACAGCUGAAUGUGUUUGUCGUAAGUGUAGGUAUGCCAUCCACACGUCUCUGC